AUGCAUCCUUUACGCGAACGAAAUUGCGACAAAUUAUUGGAGAACCCACUCCUGCGCACUCCGCCGCCAGAGCCUGAGAAACCGAGGCCACCGCGCGUGCGCAAACCACGACAAUUCAAACUUCCACCAAAAUUUGACUUAGUACCGAAGGAAUUUUAUUCAUGCUGGUGCAACCAUCUAAAAGAGUUACAAAUGGCGAAACACAAAGUGGACGACAGCCCACCGGAGUUGUUCCCGGAGCUGUACCUGAAGCCCAGGAGACUGGACUUCUACGCACUCCAGCUCGAGGAUACCAUGAACGUGAACAAGGAACUGCUCAAGAGAAUCAAUCUUAUACAACGAACCGGAGGUUACGUGGACUGCUGGAUGCCCGAACCGAGCAAUCAAUACAAUAAGCUACUCUGCAAGCAACGGCAACGAGAUCUGAACGAAAUACAGAAGGCCAACUUUUACUUCUAUUCUAGACUUCUUAUUGCUAGGUCUGAGCAACUUCUUACUAAAGAAUUGGAUGCAGCAUGGAAGGAUACAAGACAUAAACUUAUUUUGGGCGCAUCGUUGCCAUUUAUCUUGUUCAAAACGGGCAGAAUAGAUCGUGAUAUGAAAGAUCCUGCGAUGGAUAAACCACCAAACGUUGUUAGACCUAGGGUAUCUUUGGAUAUCUGGGUUCGCGGUGGAUCGAAGAUCGGGAAAGUACAAAUCGAGCUCUUUACGGAUAUAGUGCCGCAAACUUGCCAAUUGUUCUUGAACCUCGUCAAGGGAGAUGGAGCGGGGCAUGCUUACAGCGGCACCAGAUUCUUUAGGAUAGUUCCUGAUCUGUACUGCCGCGGCGGUGACGUCACUAAAGACAAUGGCUUCGGCUUGUAUGUACCGAACUCUGAAGGCGAGGCCGGCAUACCGAUGGGAGCUGAGGGUUUCACUUUGAAUCAUACAGUACCAGGUGUAUUAUCCAUGGCUGUUACUGGCGAUGAUGAGGUCACUGGACAGUUCAACAUUAUAUUCAAGCCGUUGCCACAGUUUGAUAAGAAACACGUCGUAUUCGGCAGAAUUAUAGCUGGGCCAGCCCCUACUUUGGAACGUAUCAGCGCGCUAGGGCUGCCCCUCGGCACCACGACCUCAGACUGCAUCAUUCGCUCGUGCGGUUGGUACACCCGCAGUGGACUGUACCGGGAGGGCAGCCCUAACACUAUCAAGUUCCCGCCAAGACGGAAGCCGAAGAAAUGAACAAAAUACACACUUAUAUAAUGCUUUCUGAUUAUGUUUAUUUUUUAUUUAUACUGUUUUUUAUGACGAAUUUUAUCUUUUUUUAUGUUUAAAAUAU